AUGUUCUUUUCAACGUGGGAGACGUAUCAUACCCAUACUCUCUACCUGGGCUACUUCAACGGGCCCACCGAAGGAUUGAUAAUUGCAACCACGAUUAUCAUAGCAGCAGGCUAUUACGGACCAGAGAUCUACUCUCGCCCCCUCGCGGACGGACUCGGCUACCGGGAACAGCUCGGAGAUAUCACCUUCUUAGACCUAUGGGUCUUCGUUCUUCUCACCUCCUUCUUCACCGCUCACUUGCCCGAGUGUGUCUACAACGUGGUCCAAGCACGACGACGUCAAGGUCUACCAGUCUUGCCGAUUUUCCUAGAGUGGACUUCCAUCAUCGUUUCAAGCAUAUCAGCCAUCUCCUGGAUCUACUCCCCGCAUUCCUUCAUCCUCAAGGAUAACCAUCUAGUCCUGUUUGCAGUCACCCUGUGCUUCGUGUUCGGGCGAAUGACAACGAAAAUAAUCCUCGCCCAUCUUACCAGACAGCCAUUCCCUAACUGGACUAUUCUGAUCACACCCCUUAUCGGUGGUGCUGUCCUGGUCAACCUGCCCGUAUUCGGUUUACCAGCCAUUAGUGCACGCGUCGAACUAUGGUACCUAUGGGGCUAUCUUGCUUUCGCGUUUACUGCAUACAUGCACUGGGCCUUAUACGUUAUCGGCCGCAUCACGACAUUCUUGGGCAUCAACUGCUUGACGAUUAAGCAUCGCCGCUCAUCGCUGAAUGGUCCCGUCCUCGGUAACGUUACCAACAGCAAAACCCAGGCAGGAUAUAAUAAGCUAAACCUGGAAAAGCCAGUCAAGCUGAACUAA